GGCAUCCACGUGCCGGUGCACCUGGGGAACAUCGACCUGGAGACGCCGUACUACUACGAAGGGAUCGUCGACCUUGUGCACAUGAUGUUCCUCAGCUUCGGAGGCCAUCUUAUCAGCCAGCAUCUUACAGCGGAGAACAAGGCAUUGGUCAGCGAGCAAGUAAGGCUGUCGGCCGACGCGAUUCACAGGCUGGGGGUGCUGCACAGGGACCUGAUGCUACGCAACAUACUGUGGAACGAGGAGACCGGGCACGUGAUGGUGAUCGACUUCGAGCGAGCAGAGAUGGAGCAGCGGACCGUACUAGGUGCCAUCUCGGCCAACCGCAAAAGGAAGAAGCCGGCAGAAAGCUUGGGCAAGCCAGCGCGAAAAAAGCCUUCUGCAUGCACACUGGAGAUACGGCGGGCGAUGUUUGAGCUGAACGGCAUGGCGCAGUCAAUUCGAUGCGGGUGA